GAUCAGGGUUAAAGGAUCAGGGUUCGUGGCCUCAGACUCCUCACGGGCUCGGCGCCGCAGCAGCCGGGAGAGCAGGGUGAUCAUUAUGUCCACCAAGGUCCAAGACAUCAUGCAGCUGCUCUGCUUCAUCUGUAAGCAGGAAAAAAUGCAGGCUGCCAUGAAGCAUUCUGGGAAGGGCGCCCUGAUCACUGGAGCCGGAGCCUUGAUCGGUGGCAUGGUUGGUGGCCCUCCAGGAAUAGCUGUUGGGGGCGUUGUUGGGGGUCUUCUCGGAGCCUGGAUGACCAGAGGCCAGUUUAAGCCAGUCCCGCAGAUCUUGAUGGAGCUGCCUGCCUCUGAGCAGCAGAAGCUGUUUGCCCAAGUGAUGGCCAUUUUGCAGAGUUUGGACUGCACGGACGUGAAGCAGCUCAUAACGCUGGUCAAGGGCAGCAAGAGUUGCCAGCAGCAGCUGCUGGCCCUCGUGAUCUGCUACUUCACCAAACAUCUGGGGGCCCAGAUUCAAUAUGGGAACUAGAUGGCUGUCUCUCACUGGAAGCCGGGGUUGCUCGGCCGCAGAUGCAACCUUGGUGCUGAGUUCUAAUCCUGUGGUGGGGUUUGUGUUGCAGUGGAUUUGGGCCCCAACAAACCUGUGAUGUCCAGUGGUGUGAGAAGGGAAGAAAGCGCUCUAGUGCUGAGUUUAAGCCUCCCUACUGGCACCAAAAAAAUAAAACAAAAGCAUGGCUUCCUGAAA